AUGUCGGCGCCUGUCCAGACUCAGCCUGAGGAACCUGCGCUCAGCGUCCAGGGUCCCCCCACUGGCGCUGCUCAACCCGCUGCCUCAGGGGCCUCUACGCCCAUACCUGCUUCGCAAAGUCGCGUCUCAUCUUACCACGCUCGAGGGCAGUCAUCCGCCACAACACUUGAUCAAGACAGGGUCAAACGGCGCUUCAAGAGUUCUCGUCUUGUUGGAGAAUACGAGAAGCCAUGGCUCAAGGAAUGGAAGCGCGAGAUCAAUUGGGACAGUAUCAUCUUCUAUUCAGGCGUUUUCAUUGCUCUCGGCAUCUCGGGUUUCAUAGCCUGGAACACUGUCCGAGUCAUCCCCCACAAUGAGUACUGCCUCAUCAUGGAUGACCAGUUCUCUAAGCUGGACCCAGAAAUCUGGAGCCAUGAGGUUCAAAUGAAUGGAUUCGGUACUGGAUCUUUUGACUGGACUACUACUGACGAGUCCAACUCCUACGUCGACGAGCAGGGCCUUCACAUUGUCCCAACUCUGACCCUCGAGACCACUAAGAUCACCGAGAAUCAGAUGCUGGACAAGUUUGUCGUCAAUCUCACUCGCGACGGCACUUGCACUUACACGGACCAGCGUCUCUCGAACCUCACAUACAAUAACCCCUGCUGGGCACGUAGCAAUGCUACCAGUCGAGCCAUGAUCAACCCUGUACGUUCUGCUCGUCUCACAACGUCAGGUAAGAAGACCAUCAAGUAUGGCCGCGUCGAGGUUGAAGCGAAGCUUCCUUCUGGCGAUUGGAUGUGGCCGGCUAUCUGGAUGAUGCCCCAAGAUAAUGUCUAUGGAGAAUGGCCUCGCAGUGGUGAGAUCGACAUCAUGGAGUCGCGAGGUAAUGAUGCUGAGACAUACCCGUUGGGGAACAACAUCGUGAGCUCAGCGAUGCACUGGGGAACAUUAUAUGAUACAGAUGCCUUCCGACUUAGUAAAGGCGAGUGGGGCUCUAAGCGUACCAAGUAUUCGGAUAACUUCCAUACUUUCGGCCUGGAAUGGAGUGAGAAUUACCUUUUCACGUGGCUUGACGGAAGACUACGUCAAAUCGUGUACUUUGACUUCACCAAGAACAAGAACAUGUGGGACUAUGGCAAGUUUGCUGGUAUCACAGUUAACAAAACAGUGUACCAAGACACCUGGAGUUGGACAGGACGAAAGAACACUCCAUUCGACCAGCCCUUCUACCUUAUUCUCAACGUUGCCGUUGGAGGCAAUAACGGCUGGUUCCCUGACAAGAUGGGCGGGAAGCCAUGGUCAGAUGAGAGCUCAGAGCCAAUGCGCGACUUUUGGGACGCCAAGGACACCUGGCUGCCAAGUUGGGGCAAUCAGAAAGACCGGGGCAUGAUCGUCCGAUCGGUCAAAAUGUGGCAGGAGGGAGCUUGUCCAAUUAAGAACUAG